UUUGUUGUCGACUCGGUGUUAGAUCGCACGAUUUUAUAAAUAAAAACUGCAGUUAUAAGUGAAAUUUGCUUACAAAUGCUUUGAUAUCUAAUUCCUAGAACUACCUGGACUAUACUUAUGUUGGGUUAAAGAAUGGACAGAGGAAAAAUGCCUUCAGCGGGUCGAGGAGCUAAAAGCAAGGCUCCACAGCACCCACAAGAUAUCUUUGCGUUGGGCAGUAAGUCCACUGUGGUGGUCUCCAGGGACCCUGAGAAGAGGAACAUCCAUAAACCUUCUACCAGUGGUGUAGAACGCAAAAGAGAACCCUCAGGGUUUGGAAGUCAACCGCCCAGCAAGCGUGCGAGAAUUGGUUCACCUGCUGAGGCAGUUGGAGGGACAUCUCUUGAAGUAGACCCGGUGGAUCUGGUGCCUAAUGUUUUACAGGCUUUGGACACACAUAACUCUGACAAGCUGCUAGGCCUGCUGACAGGCUCAAUACGUCUCCUCAAAUCGCAGCGUUCCAAACCAGACCCAAUACUAUGCAUGGGUUUACUAUACCUGACUAAAAUAAGACCAAACAUGUUUGCGCAUGAGACGGUUACGCAGAGCCUCUGUACGUUACUGAAGAGGGAACAAGGAGCUGCGUUCAAGAACAAAGGAAAUCCGCUUGUGUAUAUUCUGGCGUGUAACAUGCUGUACGCUGGACACAGGGAGAGCAAUAACUGGCCUGAUAUAUUUAUUAAGGUUUACAUUGAGGAUGCCUUGAAUGAGCGUUGCUGGGUGGAAUGUUCGUGGUGCAAAUGCUUCGUGGAAAAUGUGGUGACUGCGUUCAGCACCAAACAGCCCCCGUCACACUUAAUACCCACUGAUAACACCUUGGGAACUAUGUCUCCAUCAGGCGCUGGCUCCCCUCUAAUGGGCAACACGGAGGAAGACCCAGAUAAUAUGGAACUAGAAUACUCGGUGUUUCCAAGAUAUUCUAGUAGCUAUGAGGCGGUGGAGACCCUCGUCCUGGAAGCCAUCAAGGAACAGAUCCAACGUCGCUCGGCGGCCCCCGACGCUAUCGGCAAGGGAUUCCUCAAGCUACUGUCUGCCACGUGCGGAUUCCCAGAGAUCCGUAUGAUAUCAGCGUCUCGCCUCGAAGCGUGGCUGCAUUCCGGCAAGCUGUGGCGCUGUGCGCAGGAGUUGUUGGCCUACGUGUGUUGUAACUGCGACGCCUGCGGACCCACCGCGGCCAGGGACCACGAGGUCCUGGCUCAGCUGGCGCGGAUGAGGCUCAAGACCAAACCUCUGCAGGCGGCCUACCAGGCUUGUCUUAGAGAGAUGGUGUCGGACAGCCCUCCACUCCUGCGCAGCGUGGUGACGCAUACGAUCUACAACGAGCUCUCCAACGUGCGCUCACCCAACAACAUGGCGGUGCUGGCCGCGCUCAUACAGGCGCAGCCGCAACAAGUACCCGCCGCCAUGGCAGACACUUACCAAGAAUUAGUUCUCCGACCAGAAGAUUACCUUCGUCCGCUACGUGCGUUAACGCGCGAGGUGGUGCGUGCAGCGCGCGCAGACGCGCAAGCACUACUGCCGCUGGCACGUGCGCUGGCGCAGCCUCCGCCACACGAACCGCCGCAAGAAGUACGAGAGCGUGCGUUCUCGUCCCUGGCAGACCUGUUCUGCUGCUGCUGCCUGGUGACGGCGUCCCACAGCAAGCACCUGCCGGAGUACCGCCAGCAGAUCUGUGUCAUCCAGGCCUCCGCCCUCGGCUGGCUACUGGACACUGCCAUGCCGCUAUACCGGCCUACCAGGCAUGACUACCAACUCGCUUUGAACAAGGUGAUGUUCGUGGAGCCAGCGGAAACAUAUAGCAAGGUGGACAACUGGCCCCCAGAGUCGGAGCGUGCCGCCACCUACCGGUUGUGUUGCGAGGCUCCGUUACCUCAGAACACGCUACUACGGGUCAUCUUCAUCGGCCUCUCCAAGGACAUCCCGGUGUCACCGGCAGAAGUGUUCGAGCUGGUGGAGCAGUUGGUGCGCCGCGCAUGCGCACUGCCCGCCGAGGAGAACCCCCUGCAGGUGGACAAGCUGGAGAUAGCUGACUACAUCUUCCAACUGUGUCAGUUCAACCCACCUGAUAAUAUCACACUGCCGGCUGGCUACACCCCUCCAGCGCUGGCCAUCACGUCGCUGUACUGGCGCGGCUGGAUCCUGCUGACGAUGCUGGCUGCCCAUAACCCCCAGCAGUUCGCAGAGCGCGCCGCAGCCAUGUAUCCUACACUCAGAGCCCUCAUCGAGAUGUGUAUCACCAACAAGCCGAGUAUAGAAUGGAGUACAAGUACCACGGCGGAGGCAGAGCGCGCGGAGGCGGAGCGAGCUGCCAUACUCCAGCUGGAGACUCACCUGGCGGCCGCCAGUAACUCCAAGAUGCCAGUCAAUGAACAUAACUCCAGGCUGCUCAGUCAGCUAACUACUUUGGAACCCCUGGGUCCUGCGAGGAAGCCUCCGCAAGCGAUCAUAGAGACCCUGCAGGCGAUGAGCUCACAGAUGAGGCUGGGCAAGUUAUUGUGUCGACAGCCGGCGCUACUGCUGGACCUGGUGGAGAGACAUGGAACUAGGAGAGCCAUGCCCUGGCUGCAUCAAUUGCUCAGGCACGACCAGCUCGAACUUAGCGUGCUGCCGGUGCAGUGCCUGUGCGAGUUCCUGUCGGCGGGCGGCGCGGGCGGCGAGGUGGGCAAGGCGGGCGAGCUGUGCGGACACCUGCGCCGCACCGUGGCUGACUCCGAGGCGGGCGCGCGCGCCGUGCUGCACUACUACAUGACGCGCCUCGCGCACACACACGCGCCCACCCGGGCGUCCGCCAAUAGGGGUCUGAAGCUGGUGCUGCAAUCUUCAGACGAUACAUCUGAAACUGAUUACAACGCUGACGUUGGUCCCGAGUCGUGGCUGGAGCUGGUGUGGGCGCUGCCGCACUGGGAGGCCGUGCGCGACGACGUGGUGCUGCGCGUGCGCACGGCCUGCGCCGUGGAGUGCGUGCCGCGCCACCUGGCCGCCUACAUCGCCUUCCUGCAGCACUACGUCGCCUGCACGCCCGCGCUCGACCAUACCGACCUCGUGCUCCAACUGUAA